AUGUUCCCGACCUCUCGUGCCCUCGCGGCGGCGGCGGCGGCGCGCCGCCGUCUCGCCCAGCCCGCCGCCCUGCGACCUCUGCAGCGGCAGCAGCAGCGCCGGUGGGCGGCGGUCCACGACGUGCGGUUCCUGGCGACGACGCAGGCGCCCUCGCGCAGCGUGACCGAGAAGUACAGGGAGCAGCUGGAGCGCAAGGCCCGCGAGGAGGGCCACGGCGGGGUCGCGGAGCUCAAGGAGGCGUACAAGGACAAGAUCCACCAGUACCGGCGCAGCGACGGCGUCGAGUCGGUCCCGGGGCUGGACGCGCUGCUCUCGGACGCGGAGCCGCCGAGGGGGGCUACUGCUACCGCCGCGGCAUCAUCGCAGAGCAAGACGACUACUACCACCACCACUGCGGCCUCGCCCGAUGGCCUGACACAACCGCCGCCGCCACCACCACCAACGCCAUCACAAUCACAAUCCGAGUCAACACCGACACCGGCCAAGAACAAGAACAAGAACGCCGCGAUCAAGCCCCUGUCCGAGAUCCUCGACCUCUCCAAGGCGCGCGCCCUGCCCGAGAAGGAGCUGAGCGCGAUCUGGCGGCUCCGGCACGCGCACAAGCCGACGAGCCUGUGCGCCGUGAUCCCCAGCACGACCUACGCGCACCUGGAGCUCACGGCGCGGAAGCACCCGAUCUUUGUCCUGCCCGUCCCCCGGGGAGCCGACGUCGGCGCCGAGAUUCACUUCCUGCAGUGGGUCUUCGACGCCGAGAGCGGCACCGCGACGGUGCUCUUCACCCAGCUCGCAGAGUACAAGGCGCGCGGGGAGUGGGCGCAGCCGCACACCAGCGUGACGCACUACUUUGACCGGGACAUCGCGCGGGACCAGGGGGUCGUGCUCAUGGCGGGGAGCCUGGUCGAGGGCAGGGGGGCCAGCCUGGACGACGCAAAGUGGCUGCUCAUGCUCAUGCAGCGGUUCUACGGCGGCGAGGGGGCCGGCGGGACGGGCGUCGACGGGGCCAAGCGCGAGCUGCUCGAGGCGUUUGGCAAGGGGGACAGUCGGUUCACGGUGGAGAAGCUGCUCGAGGAGAGUGAGCGCCUGGGUUGA